CAGGUGGAAGGAUCCGAGGCCGCUAUCCUCCAGUGCAGCGCGGGCAGCCUCUGAUUUGCCAUCCCGUCAUUCCCACCUGCCAACCUGUCUGAUAUGUCGGGACCCGUGCCGAGCAGGGCCAGAGUCUACACGGAUGUGAACACACACAGACCCCGGGAGUACUGGGACUAUGAGUCGCAUGUUGUCGAGUGGGGGAAUCAAGAUGACUACCAGCUAGUUCGGAAAUUAGGCCGAGGCAAAUACAGUGAAGUAUUUGAAGCCAUCAACAUCACAAAUAAUGAAAAAGUAGUUGUUAAAAUUCUCAAGCCUGUUAAAAAGAAGAAAAUCAAGCGUGAAAUUAAGAUCUUAGAGAACUUGCGGGGCGGCCCCAACAUCAUCACCCUUGCAGAUAUAGUAAAAGAUCCUGUGUCUCGGACACCCGCUUUGGUUUUUGAACAUGUAAACAACACAGACUUUAAGCAAUUGUACCAGACAUUAACAGACUAUGAUAUUCGAUUCUACAUGUAUGAGAUUUUGAAGGCUCUAGAUUACUGCCAUAGCAUGGGAAUCAUGCACAGAGAUGUCAAACCUCACAAUGUCAUGAUUGACCACGAGCACAGAAAGCUUAGACUAAUAGACUGGGGUUUGGCUGAAUUCUACCACCCCGGCCAAGAGUACAAUGUCAGAGUGGCUUCCAGAUAUUUCAAAGGACCUGAACUCCUUGUAGAUUAUCAGAUGUAUGAUUACAGUCUGGACAUGUGGAGCUUGGGUUGCAUGUUGGCUAGUAUGAUAUUCCGAAAGGAGCCCUUUUUCCAUGGCCAUGACAACUAUGAUCAGCUGGUGAGGAUAGCCAAGGUGCUGGGAACAGAAGAUCUGUAUGACUACAUUGACAAGUACAACAUUGAGCUGGAUCCACGUUUCAAUGACAUCUUGGGCAGACACUCCCGUAAGCGAUGGGAGCGCUUUGUUCACAGUGAGAACCAGCAUCUGGUGAGUCCAGAAGCUCUGGAUUUCUUAGACAAGCUGUUGCGAUACGAUCACCAGUCACGACUCACAGCGAGAGAAGCCAUGGAACACCCCUACUUCUAUCCCAUCGUGAAAGACCAGGCUCGGAUGGGCUCCUCCAACAUGCCGGGUGGCAGCACUCCCGUCAGCAGUGCGAGUAUGAUGUCAGGGAUUUCCUCAGUGCCAACACCUUCACCCCUGGGACCUCUAGCAGGCUCGCCCGUCAUCUCUGCCACCACCA